AUGCUAGCCAGCUGGCAGACCUUCCAUACACCCAGCUUGGGAGACGAGGAGUUUGAGAUUCCUCCCAUCACACCUCCACCUGAGAUUGAGUCUGGGAUGGGUCUUUCGGACGUGGACUCACCUUACCCAGCAAUGCCGGAGCCCCCAGUUAAUCACAGGGGUCUGUUAAUCCCUCAGUUCCCCCCUCAGAGUAUGGAUCUGCCCUGUAUCACCAUCUCACGCAACAUGAUGGACCAGGAAGGGCUGUCUGUCAACAACGGCCAACCUGUGAAUGUUGGACCAGGCCAUCAUCGCCAGUACUCAGCCAACCCAGCCAUGGUGAUGAAGUCCAUCAUCAGCAUGAACAGCCCCAACGGGAUGUUAUCACGUAAUCAGCUGACCACCAUCAACCAAUCCCAGCUCAACGCACAGCUGAGCUUAAACAUGGCGGGACCCAACAUCGCCCACACUGCCCCGUCACCCCCCACCAGCAAGUCCGCCACCCCGUCCCCCUCCAGCUCCAUUAACGAGGACGACCAGGAGGAAGGCAACAGGAUCAUUGGAGAGAAGCGGCCCGCCCCCAUAGAUCCUGUAAAGAAGCCCAAGACUCCCAAGAAGAAGAAGAAGAAGGAUCCCAAUGAGCCUUCGAAACCGGUGUCCGCCUACGCUCUGUUCUUCAGAGACACCCAGGCUGCUAUUAAGGGUCAGAAUCCAAACGCCACCUUUGGAGAGGUGUCUAAGAUCGUGGCCUCCAUGUGGGACGGUCUGGGAGAGGAACAGAAGCAGUCUUACAAAAGCAAAACAGAAGCUGCCAAGAAAGAAUAUUUAAAAGCUCUUGCCGCAUACCGUGCCAGCCUGGUUUCCAAGGCUGCAGCAGAAUCAGCCGAGGCCCAGACCAUCCGCUCCGUGCAGCAGACCCUGGCCUCCACCAGCCUGUCCCCCGGCCUGAUGAUGCCCUCACCCCUCAACCAGCACCACUCCAUGGCAGCAGCUGCCCUGGCCCUACAGCAAGGCAUGCCACGGGCCAUCGCCCCAAAACCUCUGCAGAUGAGACUAGGGGGCAACCAGAUCGUGACCUCGGUGACCGUCUCCCACCAGAACAUGGCCCCCGGGAUGCCCCAGCAGAUGCUCGGCCAGAUGGGGUCCGGAGGGGGCAUGGUGGCGGGUGCCCAGUCCACAGCGGUGUCUCAGAUGAGCCCCCCCAUGCAGCCGCAGCAGCAUGCCAUGCAGCAGAUCCAGCAGCAGCAGCAGAUGCAGCAGCACCUCCAGCACCAUCAGAUGCAGCAGCAGCAGAUGCACCACCAGCAGAUCCAGCAGCAGAUGCAGCAUCAGCAUUUCCAACACCACCUCCAGCAGCAGCUGCAGCAGCACCACAUUCAGCAGCAGCAGCAGCAACACCAACAACAACAGCAGCAGCAGCAGCAACAACAGCAACAGCAGCAACAACAACAACAACAACAACAGCAGCAGCAGCAGCAGCAGCAGAUGCAGCACAUGCAGAUGCAGCAUCAGAUGCACCAGCAGCACCCCCAGCCGGCCUCCCAGCAGCAGCCUCACCCCUCCCAAAUCCAGGCCCACGCCCAGGCCCUGUCCCAA